AUGAUCACGCACUUAAAACCCAAGGACUUCAAGGUCUUGUCCUUGACCACCAUCGCUACUCCGCAUAGGGGUUCAGCAGUAGCAGAUUAUGUACUUCAGCAGAUAGGCGAUGACCGCUUAGCCCAGCUCUACUACGCUCUCGAACAGAUCAAGGUCGAGACCGGGGCGUUUUCUCAGCUGACCCGCGAAUAUAUGGAGAAAUCAUUCAACCCUUCUACGCCGGAUGUGGAGGAUGUUCGUUAUUUUUCCUAUGGCGCAGUAAUGGAAGAACGGUUCUGGUCAAUGUUCCGGUUGUCCCACCGUCUCCUUCAACAAAUCGAAGGGUACAACGAUGGACUCGUCAGCGUAGCGAGUAGUAAGUGGGGAGGAGAACACGGCUACAAGGGGACUCUCAUGGGCGUGAGCCACUUGGACCUCAUUAAUUGGAGUAACCGACUCAAGUGGCUUGCUGGCGAGCUCACUGGCCAGAAACCGAAGUUCAAUGCCGUUGCCUUUUACUUGGACAUUGCUGAUAUGAUUGCCAAGGAGGGGCUCUGA